CGUAAUUACUGACUACUGUACAUCUAAUCACAAUAGUAUUAAUUAUACUCCUGAGUCUUGACAGCUUGGUAAUCGUCCUGAUUGUCUUCAAUUGGGCACCAUGGCUACUGCUGCGGUACUGACGAUGCGCCCCGCCGACGACUUGCUAGGCUCGGCGCGCUCCAGGAGGAUGGUUACUCCCUCAACGAUCUCCUCGACGACGUCGAAGGGUACUGCGAUCAUUAAGGAUCAUCAGAGUAAUCCUAAUCACAAGACUCCAAUCGUGACCGUCCGUUAUUCGUCGGCAGAUGCCGAGUUCGAGUCCCAGUUUCCCGCCAUCGCGGCGACCAAUGAUGACGGAGCUCGAUUGCCCACGCGGCAUCUUCUCUCUUCUGCUGCUGCUGCUGCUGCUGCUUCUACGGCGAGAACCGCGCUGGUGGUAGGGGACCACCAUAGCGAUCGACAGGAGGGGGGGGCUGUAAUAGUGGAAGCUAUGGACUGUAGGGGGGGGAAAGAAGGGGUUCUCGACGGCUAUAGCCAGGAACGAGCCACGUCAGCGGCCGUGCCGAUGUGGCCUCCUCCUUGUUCAGCGGAGGAGGGAGGGGAAACCCACCCCCCCCUCCCCUCGGAUAGCAGCAGUAGUCGUUCGUCUUCCGACGAUCUUCCCCGUUUGCCUGAGAAUGGUAAUUCGUUUUUCCUAAUUAGGAUCGCGCUAGGGGUAGCGAUGCUAUUUUUGGGUUUUUGGCGGGAGACUCUUAUCCGGGUGCGGAGCACGUGGACUAGCUCUCUCGUGCUCUUUGCCGGCUUUAGGCGGGGACUGCGCCUGCGGGUGCAGCGCACCUGGUCGGCAUUUGGCAGCAGCAGCAGCAGCAGCAGUAGCAGUAGCAGAUACAGUCCCAUCCUCUCCGGGACUCUGUAUGCUGUCAUGUCCUGCACUAUGGUGUUGAUGAACAAGCAGGUCUUGUCGGGAUACCAAUUCAAUGCGAUCAACAGUCUGCUGCUCUUCCAGAACCUGAUUAGCGUGCUGACGGUGCUGGCCGGGCGAGGCCUGGGGUUGUUCGCCGUGGAGCCGCUGACCGCGAAGCUGUGCCGAGUCUGGAUCCCGGUCAACGCGUUGUUCGUCGCCAUGCUGCUGUCGGGAUUCUACAGUCUGGACUACCUCACGGUCCCGAUGGCGACGAUCCUCAAGAACCUGACCAACGUGUCCAACGCGGCGGGGGACUGGAUCUUCAACGGCGCGCAACAGAGCGCCGGAGUCUGGGGAGCGGUGGGGCUCAUCAUCCUCUCCUCUUAUUGUGGGGGUGUGACCGACCUUCACUUCAAUCUUAGGGGCUAUGUUUGGCAGAUCAGCAACUGCCUGCUUGCUUCGUCUUAUUCCUUGUACCUCAAGCGAACGAUGGACAAGGCUAAAUCGGCGACAGUCUCAGGGGAGCUCAGUAAGAUCUCCAUGGUGAUGCUCAACAACACGCUGUCCCUUCCCUUCGGGAUCGCGCUGGUUCUUCUGACAGGGGAGACAAGAGAGUUGGCCUCCUCUGUUGCUGUAAGGAACCCUUAUUUCUGGAUAGCCGCCACCGUAACGGGGUUUGUCGGGGUGAUCUUAAACUUUGCGGUGAUGUGGUUCUUGCACGCAACGAGCCCGACGACUGUCGGGGUCGUGAGCUCGCUGAGCAAGAUCCCGACAUCCGUUCUGGGGCUGGUGUUGUUCCCCGCCAGAACCACGGUCUAUAACCUGCUAAGUAUAGCAUUCGGUCUUGUGGCGGGAAUGCUAUUCACUAAGGCCAGACUCAACCAGCAGCGGCAAGCGUCAUCAUCUGGUAAGGAUUUGCCGCGUUGAGGGGUUAAAAAACGAGAUUUAGCCGCCCCCCCCCCCCCCGCGCCCCCCCUUCUGACUGUGAAAGCCUGCUCAUGCUACUGCUAGCGGCUUGGUUCUUUUUUGGUGCAAGAUGAGCAUUUAGUAUUGUGCGCAGGCGGGACAGAGAAUCUGGCAAUCGUCGCACACCGUCGAUCAUGUUAUCGCUCAUUCGAUCCGCUCGAACCGUUCGAUCCGCUUCGACUUUUCGAUCCAUUUGAUUGUUCCAAUCCGAUCGAUUGGUCCGUUCUGAUUGGUCUAUCCGAUCGAUCGGUCUAUCUGUUCGAUACGUUUGAUUGGUCUAAUCCGACCGAUCGUUCUAUCUGGUCACAAACCGUUCGGUCCUAUUCUCUUCAACCUUUCGAUCCGCUUGAUUGGUCUAUAUCUGUUCGAUCCGUUCGAUCGGUUCGUUCCUAUCCUCUUUCAAGCUUUCAACUCGGUCCGUGCGAUGCUAUCCUGUUCAACCUGUCGACUCGUUCGAUUGGUCUAUACACGAUCGAUUGGUCCAUCUGUUCGAUACGUCCGCUCCAUUCUGUCCGUUUCGAUCCUAUCGUCUUCAGCCUUUCGAUCAGUUUGAUUGGUCUAAUACACGAUCGAUUGGCCUAUCUGUUCCAUCCGUUCGAUCAGCCUUUUGAUC